AUGGCAAGUAUUUGUGGCAUACGUAAAUAUUGGAUGCUACUAUCUAAUCGGCACUUGGAAUUUUAUAAAAGUGCACUUCCUCAACCUUUGACUUCGAUUCAGCGUCUUUAUAUUAGUCGGCUAGUUGAGAAAUAUGGAGCUGAUUUUCAGAGAAUGAUGAUGGAUAUAAAGCUAAAUCCUAUGCAGCAUUCUGUUGCAACUUUAGAGAAAUUGUAUUUUGGUUGUUUUGACACUUUGGAUGUUGCUCGGGCCAAGGAAAACAUCAAAGAGAUUCCAUCUUUUCAAAGUAGAAAACUUCUUUUGGCAUGCUCACUUAACUUGAUGGCCUGCUACUUGAAGACAAGGCAGUAUGAUGAAUGCAUAAAAGAAGGUUCUGAGGCUUGUGAUCACCCACUUCUUGUUAAAGAAUACAAUUCUGAUCCUGUUGGAAAAGAUUCUGUUGAAAUGGCAAAAAGGCUUCCAAAAGAGAUGCUGAUAAAUCUGUUUAAUAGUUUGGAAACAACUGCCGCUAUAUGUUUUGUCUGCAAUAGGCCAGAGAAUAAGCUUGGAGAUGAUGAAACGUGGGAUAGGGCUGAAAGUGCUCUCAAGGAGGCUUUGGAUGAGUUUGGCAAGCCAUGGCAGUUGAAUGAAGGGGAUGGUGCAUUCUAUGGACCAAAGAUAGAUAUCAGUGUAUCUGAUGCAUUGAGUAGGAAAUUCCAGUGUGCAACUCUACAGCUUGACUUCCAGCUUCCUGAUCGUUUUAAGUUGGAAUUCUCAGCUGAGGAUGAAGCCAAAAUUGAGAGGCCUGUUAUGAUACACAGAGCCAUUCUAGGAUCAGUUGAACGCAUGUUUGCCAUACUUUUAGAGCACUACAAGGGUAAAUGGCCCUUCUAG